CAAUAUCCCUCUCCAAGAGAAAAGAAGAAAGAGAUAUUGAGAAGAACUCUAAGCUAAGCCAAAUAACCCUAGAAGAAUGGAAGGAGAAGCUGUCGCUGCAGUCAUUAAAGUUUUAGUUCAAAACCUCAUCGACCAUUCCAAGAAUGAGAUCUCACUAAUCCGAGGUCUCGACAAAGAAGCAGCAAAGCUAGCUGGGAGUUUAGAUACGAUCCAGCAAUUGUUGAACGAUGCUGAGAGCCGUACCAUUCCCGGUGGGGCUGUCAAAAGCUGGCUGAGGAAGCUCGAAGAUAUGGCCUUCGAUGCUGACAACGUUUUGGAUGAGCUCAAAUAUCAUCACCUUUCCAAACAAAUCAAGCCCAUGAUGCCUACCAAGCCCAUGAAACAAAAGGUACUAUCAUGCUUCUCAUCCUUCAGUCAUACGAGGCAUCCGAGAAAUAUAGCUCUUAAAAUUCAAGAAAUCAAUGAGAAUUUAGAGUCCAUUUACAAAGAGGGAGCCGGGCUUGGGCUCAAAGAGACUCUUGCCACCAAUGUGCCAACUUUGCCUACUUUUGAAACUGACUCAUUCACUCUUGAUCCAAUUUUCAUUGGAAGAGAUGAGUUGGUGUCGGAAAUAGUUGAGAUUAUUAACACUAGUACCACAACUAAUGAACGUGUCGUUUCUAUCUUUGCCAUUGUGGGAAUGGGAGGAAUGGGGAAGACAACCUUGACUAGGAAUGUCUUCCAUCAUCCAAAGAUAAAAACUCACUUUGGAUCACAUCUUUGGGUGCAUGUUUCUCAAAUUUUUGAUCCAAUCAUUCUUUUCAAGAAAAUCCUCAAGGAGUUGCCUUUUUGUGAUCAAGUUGAAACUGAGAGUAGCCAAGAUAUUCUCGAUAACACUUCUUUUGAUCAAGUAGAAGUUCAGAGUAGGCAGGAUUUUCAAAAAAUGACUUCUUUUGUUGAAGGUGAAGAUCAAAGUAGGUAUAAUUUGCUAAAAACAGUUUCAUUUGGUCAAGUUGAAGUCGAGAGUAGGCAAAAUUUCGUGAAAAAGAAUUCUCAUGAUCAAGUUGAGGUUGAGAGUAGACAAGAUAUUCUGAAAAGGCUACAUAAAGCUUUAAAAGAUAAAAAUUAUCUGCUUAUUCUCGAUGAUGUUUGGAAUCAAGAUCGUCCCAAAUGGGAUGAUUUUAUCAAUUCUUUGGUUGGCGUUACUUCUGUCAAGGGAAAUGCGAUUGUUGUUACCACCAGAAAUAUGGAAGUCGCCUCAACUAUGCAAUCACUUCAUACACAUGAGCUCAAAGGGUUAUCACAUGAAGAUAGUUGGUCAAUAAUCAAAGCUAAAACUUUUGGAAAAGAGGAUAUUCCAACAGAGUUUGAGGCCAUUGGGAGGAAGAUUGCAACAAGAUGUCAAGGUUUGCCAUUAGCGGCCAAUGUAGUUGGUGGAGCACUAUGCAAUAAAUCUGAAGAAGAAUGGCUCUCGAUUGAAGAGAAAUGGCUUUCACAUGAUGAAGGGGAUCGUAUCACAAAGAUAUUGAAGUUGAGCUUUGAUAAUUUGUCUCUACCGUCACUCAAAAAGUGUUUUGCAUAUUGUUCGCUUUUUCCUAAAGGUCGCAGAAUCAAAAUUCAUGAACUGAUUGAGUAUUGGAUGGCAGAAGGAUUUCUUGAAGCUAAUGGAACCAAUGAGAUGGAGUGCUUAGGCGACAAAUUUAUGAAAGUUCUUCUGCACAACUCUCUACUACAAGUUGCACAAAGAAAUGAUUAUGGAAAUGUAGAAAGUUGUGUGAUGCAUGAUCUUGUGCAUGAUCUUGCAUGUUCAAUUUCAGGUUCUUCUAAUAAUAGAGAAGACGGGAGCCGAGUGAGAUACAUGAUACACGAUGAAGAAAGUCGAAUUCCAAAAGAAGUGGCAAAAUAUCUGCGGACAUUAAUGUUUGAGGGAAACAUUUAUGGUAAUAAGUUUGUAGAUUUUGAGCGGCUACAUGUUUUAGUUCUUGCAGAUUAUUGGUGUGACUAAGUUGCCAAGUUCGAUAAGAAAGUUGAUACAUUUGAGGAAAGUUGAUAUUUCGGCGACGCGUAUCAAAUAUUUGCCGGACUGGAUUGGUGAACUCCAUCAGUUGCAAACAUUAAACGCAUGUACAGGAAGAAUGAGGAAACUGCCUAGUACUUUGAAGUACUUGAUUAACUUAAGGCAUCUUUAUACUGAUGAUGGUGUAGAGUUGCCUCCCGAGAUAGGUUGUUUAACAUCUCUCCAGACGCUAAAGUAUUUUAAAGUUGGUGAGAAAGAUGGAUGGAAAAUCGAAGAGCUUGGAAGUUUGAAUGGUAUCAAAGGAAAACUGGAAAUUUUUAAUCUUGAAAGGGUAGAAAACAAGGAAGGGGCUGAGAAAGCAAGUCUAUCUAACAAGUCAAAAAUAUUGGAGUUGCAUUUGACAUGGA